AUGGUGUCCAUUGUUGCUGGCGAGACCAACAAUCCACGCAAACUUAUCCCGAAAGCCUUCAAAACAGUUUCUGCGAUUGCUGUGGGCUUCCUUGUACUGCGCAACGAUCCUGCACUGGUCGAAGCAAUUGAAUCGUCUCUCUCCGGCGCCUCACGAACGGCCUGGGUGCGUGCGAUGAACCGACUUGACAUUCCCGUAUUGCCUCACAUUGUCAACGCUGUGACUGUGAACAGCAUUUUCUCGGCUGGCAAUGCCUUUGUAUUUGCUAGAGCACGCUUGCUGCAAGCUAUGGCGCUGGAAGGUAUGCUGUGUAAAGUGUUUGCCAUGACCGAUCGCCACAAAACCUCGUAUAUCUCUUUUAAAGUUACCACAGCCAUUGAUUUGCUAUCGUUUUUAUAA